UUAUCCAAUACGUCUUCUCUUUUCCUUAAGCUUCACCACUUCAGUUUCAUCCAGAUUUCGUUGCCUCUUUGGUGUUUCAAACUGUCAAACAACAUGGAUGGUGGACUAAUAUUGACCUGGCUGAUCGUUCUUCCGAUGAUUAUUUCCUUGCACAACUCGGAAUGGGUUUCAGCAAAGGAAGGUAGGUAUUCAUUUUUAUGAGAGGAUUCAUAAGCAUUGAUUGUGGAUAGCUCCGGGCUCCGAUUAUAUGGAUGGUGAAACCGAGAUAUAUUACACUUCGGAUACAGGAUUCAUAGAUACUGGAAUCAAUUAUAAUGUUUCCCCGGAAUACGAAGUUUUUGAAGAUAUCGAUCAACAUCUCAUAAACGUUAGAAGCUUCCCAGUAGGAGACAGGAAUUGUUACACCCUACGACCAGCACAAGGCAAGAAUCAUAAGUAUUUGAUCAGGGCUUGGUUCAUGUAUGGGAAUUAUGAUUCCGAGAAUCAACCUCCGAUCUUCAAGCUACAUCUGGGUAUUGAUGAAUGGACCACGGUGAGGAUAAAAGACGCCUCUAAAAUUAUUAUAGCAGAAAUCAUACACAUACCAAUUACAGACGACAUAGAUGUGUGUCUAGUAAACAUCGGUUUGGGGACACCAUUCAUAUCGGUGUUAGAGCUCAGACAGCUUAAUAAUUCGAUUUAUAGUCCAAGUGAACCAGGGUCACUGCUUCUCAGUGGUAGGUUGGAUUUUGGUACACAAGAGGAGUUGUACGCAAUCAGGGACAAAGAUGAUGUUUACGAUCGGAUUUGGGAACCAGCCAAUUCGGAGUCCAUAAUUAGUUCAUCACUUGUAAAUCCUUCCUUUAGUACCUCUGACUAUAAAAUACCGGGGAUUGUCAUGGCAACUGCUGCAACACCUGCAGAUGAAAAUGAACCCUUGGGUUUCUCUUUUUUAAUAGUUGGUGAUCCUUCUCAAAAGUUGUACGUGUACAUGCACUUUGCGGAGGUUGAGGAUCUCAAGGGCCAAAUCAGAGAAUUUACCAUCUCCGUGAAUGAUGAUGAGUCAUUUGGUGGGCCAGUGGCUCCUAGAUACCUACUUUCGGACACGGUAUAUAGCAAAUUUUCCCUGAAUGGAAGUAUUAACCGAUUGUCCUUUUCACUAAAAAGGACAAACAGAUCCACGCUUCCACCAAUUAUCAAUGCUAUGGAGGUUUAUAGGUUAAAAGAAUUCUCACAGUCAUCAACCCAACAAAACGAUGUUGAUGCAAUCAAGAGGAUCAAAUCAGGAUACGCAGUGAGCAGCAACUGGCAAGGAGAUCCAUGUCUCCCCAUGAAAUACCAAUGGGAUGGCCUGAAUUGCAGCCAAGAUACCUCCCCUUCUAUAAUAUCAUUGAACCUCUCAUCUAGCAAUUUGUCCGGGAAUAUACUUACUUCAUUUUCAAGUCUCAGAUCAUUACAAAAUCUGGAUUUAUCAUACAACAACUUGACUGGACCUGUACCAGAAUUUUUUGCAGACUUGCCAUCUUUAAAAACCCUAAAUUUAACGGGGAACAACCUAACAGGUUCGGUUCCACAGGCUGUUAUCGAUAAGUUCAAGAAUGGAACUCUGAGUCUUGGCGAAAAUCCAAAUCUUUGUCAGUCAGACUCGUGCCAAAGAAAGAAGAAGGAGAACAAGUUCCUUGUUCCUGUUCUUAUAUCCAUUCUGUCUGUAAUUAUCCUGAUCCUCAUAGCUGCCCUUGCAAUCAUCCGGAAGUUGACCAAGAGGAGAGAAACUAGAGCUACAACCAUAGAGACGGUCAGUGAACGCCCCAAAGAUGGGUCAUUGAAGUCAGGGAAUUCCGAGUUCACUUUCUCUGAUGUGGCAACUAUCACCAAUUACUUUAGUCGUACCAUCGGUAGAGGAGGAUUCGGACAAGUUUAUCUAGGCACUUUGACAGAUGGCACUCAGGCUGCCGUCAAGAUGCGUUCUCAAUCAUCAAUACAAAGCCCCAAGGCAUUACAAGCCGAGGCGAAACUCUUGACGAGAGUUCAUCAUAAAAACUUGGUUCGUCUAAUUGGGUAUUGCAAGGAUGGUACACACAUGGCUCUCAUUUAUGAAUACAUGUCCCAUGGAAACUUGCAAAACAAGUUAUUAGGGAGAGAAGCUGCAGAUGUUUUGAAUUGGAAACAGAGACUUCAAAUUGCAGUAGAUGCAGCACAUGGAUUGGAGUAUCUACACAAUGGCUGUAAGCCACCAAUAGUCCACAGAGACAUGAAAUCUUCCAACAUUCUAUUAACUGAAACACUGCAAGCCAAGGUAGCUGAUUUUGGGAUGUCCAGAGAUCUUGCAAUUGAAAGUGGAGCUUUCAUAUCAACUGUCCCUGCAGGCACACCUGGAUAUCUAGAUCCUGAAUACCAGUCAACGGGAAUUUUGAAUAAGAAGAGCGAUGUUUACAGCUUUGGGAUUGUUUUGUUGGAGCUAAUCACCGGCCAGCCUGCAAUAAAGAACCCUGGGAACAUUCAUAUAGUUGGAUGGGUUAGUCCUAUGAUUGAAAGAGGGGAUAUCCGAAGCAUUGUUGAUCCAAGGUUACAAGGAGCUUUCAACGCCAAUUCUGCCUGGAAAGCCCUAGAGAUAGCCUUAGCAUGUGUAGCAUUAACAGGAAUGCAAAGGCCAGAUACGAGUCAUGUAUUGGCAGACUUGAAGGAAUGUUUGGAGAUGGAGGUGACUUCCAGGAGAAUUCAAAGUGUAGGUAGCCACAGCAUCGGAUCAGGCAAUUCCCUGGACGAUCUUCCCUUGAUUCUUGGCACUCAAUCGGCUCCCCGUGCUAGGUAGUUGUUGGACGCUCCAUUUUAAUGUGAUAAAUUUUCUUAAUGUUAGCAUGUGGGAAUAUGGAUUAUGGUGCACUCUAUAUUUUGAAUUGUGUUCAUGAAAAA